AUGGCGAAAGUAGGGAAGCUGACGAAGCUGAAAUCAGCAAUCAAGAAGUGGCCGUCUUUCUCCGCCGCAAAGCAGACCCACCACCACCACGACGAGCAGCAGCACGAUGAGUCGGCGGCGGCGGCGGCGGAGUCUGACGAGCCGCAGCAGAUUCUUCACUCCGUCUACGUCGGGAAUUCACGGCGGCGGUAUCUCUUGACGACGGAGGUGAUGUGCCAUCCCAUGUUCCAGGAGCUGAUGCAGAGGUCCGGCGGGGUGGACGCCGACGGCCAGAUCAUCGUCAGGAGCGAGGUGGUCCUGUUCGAGCAUUUGCUUUGGAUGAUCAACGACCAGAUCAAUGGCGGAGGGGACAAGGAUUCCUCGUCGUCCUCGCAGUUCGGGUCAAUGGAGGAGCUGGUGGAUUUCUAUUGCUGCUAG